AUGAAUAAAAUUAGGGGCCUCCCACCUGAGGUCAGGGAACCAGAGCCUGGAGUGGAACUUGGGGUGGAAGAUGGCCUUCUUUGUCAACUGAUUCAUUCUCCAGAAUUCAACUUGUUCUCCGACUCGGUGGUAUUUGAAAGCAACUUUAUACAGAUCACCCAUCCUGGGAACAUGGAAGUCUGUGACAGAUCUACCACCAUGAUCCUUGGAGUGACCUCCUCAGUGCCAAGCCUGCCUCUCCCCAACAUCCUCCUGAUGGCCAAUGUCACCUGGCCCCAGCAUCAGUUUUCCACCCAGAGAACACCUGGUGAUGCUCCUGUCAUCACACUCAGAAGGAUUCUCCCCCUGAAGUACGUGGAGCUACGAAUCUGCGACCGGCUCCAACGCAUCCUGAGAGUUAGGACAGUGACAGAAAAGAUCUACUACCUGCGGCUCCACAAAAAACACCCAGAAGCCGUCUUUCAAUUCUGGAUCCGCUUGGUGAAAAUUCUGAAGAAAGGUCUAUCCAUCACUACUAAAGACCCGAGAAUCCAAUUCACUCACUGUCUGGUGCCCAAGAUGUCCAGCAGCUCCACUGAGUCAACACCUGAGAACAGCCUCCCAUCAUCCUCCCAGCCCAGCGAGACCCUCGUGCUGUUGGCGGCCGAGGAGACCACUGACCAUUUCUCACAACUCUCGGGAAGGGCCCAGCUCACAGAAGACAGAAGCAUCGACCCUGCUGAUCAAAAAGACAACAGACACAAGAAGAUACCCUCUCCAGUGGCAUCUUCAUGCAAUUUGAAAAUACCCAUGAGAGCCACCUUGGGCCACAGCCUCUGGGAACAAGAGGAUUCAGAUGAGCACUUCCCGAAUGUUCCUGUAGCCAGUUCCCUAGGAGAAAACUUUUUAGGACCCUGA